UUUUUCUCGUUGCGAGCUUCACGCUGCUGUUUGUAGGGGAGCGCGUGCGGUCGGUGGGCAGGUAAAAACACACAGCGUUUGAGGGAGCGGAGAGGAAUUUUCUAUUUUGUACAUACAUUAUUUUGUAUAUACUGUUUAUGAUGACUUCAGUGGUCACUGAUGCUGCCAGGGGCAAUCGGGACAGAGCCCUACAACAAACCACACACACCUCACAGCCACAGAAACAGAUCCUGGCCACAGCGGAACAGAUCCGACUCGCCCAGGUGAUUUACGACAAAAACGAUGCAGAUUUUGAGGGCAAAGUCCAGCAGCUCAUGGAGGUUACAGGCAAAAAUCAGGACGAGUGUAUGGUGGCCCUUCACGACUGCAAUGGAGACGUCAACAGGGCUAUCAACUUCCUCCUGGAGGAGGUCACUGUCAAGGACUCAUGGGAGACAGUUGGCAAGAAGAAAAGUGUUGGAAAAGAAGGGACUGCACCAGAGAGCAGAGAGAAAAGAGGAGAAAGGGAAAGCAGAGGCCGCGCGGCUUCAAACAGACGUGGCCGAGGAGCCAGCCGCAACCAGGAAGGGCGGUUGGAAGAGAACGGGUUUGAUUCGGCUCCAGGGGAGAGAGGAGGAGAUCGUGGGCGCAGAGGAAGAGGGAGAGGUGUAGGAGGUAGAGGAAGAGCCAGAGGAGCUGGAAUGAGCAGGUUCUCUCAGGGAAUGGGUAGGACGUUUAACCCCGCUGACUGCACCGGCUCUGCUGAAGCAGCGGAUCCUGUAAGUGAGACUAGUGAAGGAGCAGGACCUUGGAAGGACAGUCUGGAAGAUUGGGCAUCCGAAGACUGGAAUGAAGAUCUUUCUGAGACCAAAGUGUUCACUGCUUCCUAUGCUUUUGGCUCCAAGAAUCCCAUGCAGCCUGGACAGGGGAUGGAUCUCGGCUCUCUGUUGCCUAAGGUGGCUGACGGCGACUCGGAGCUGGUCGGAUUGGAGCCGUCAUCCCUUGAAACUCUCACUCAGAGCCUGGUGUUCACCAACUCCCAGCAGUACUCCACCCGAGCGCACACACACAGCUAUGCUUCUGCUGCUGCUGGCACUUAUGCACAUGCUGCAUCGACCAUGCUGGGUUCCAGGCUUCCCCACAGUGAUGUGCAGAAAACUGAGCCAAUCAGCACACCCCGAAUCGCCCCACUGUCCAAUCAGAUUUCAGGGGCCCUGAGCAAUGGCACUGCAUCUGUUGAAUCCACUGCUCCGAUGCCUAUUGAAUCCACCGCCAUGCCCUUGAAUGAACCCAAGGAGACUCCUGUUACAGCAGCUCACCUGGACCUUAAGGCCCAACCCGACCCAUCUCCCAUCCUCAGUCAUCUUACCCAGCAUCAAAAUGCAGCACUCCAGUCGGACCUGCCGGCUCAGGCCCGAGACCCUGUACCACUUCCCCCAUAUGAUGAGCCUUCUCCAACACUGAAACCCUUCUGUGAGCCUGUCGUUAUCACGGCAGAGCCGCCACAACCCAGAAACUUCAGACCACAAAGACGGAGAGUGCCCCCUCCAUCAAAGAUCCCCUCUUCGGCAGUAGAGAUGCCAGGCUCUGCUGACGUGUCUGGGCUGAACGUGCAGUUUGGCGCACUCGAUUUUGGAUCCGAAUCCACUGUGGAGAAUCUCGACCAAUCAGAAAGUAGCUAUCAGGAAUCUGCAGCUGCUCCUCAGACGCAGUGCAGCUUGUACUCUAAGCCCACCACCAUCAGUGAGUCUCUAGGUGGCUUGCCUUCAGCAGUAAUGGAUUCCAGUUACCCAUCUGCCUCUCUGGGUUUACCGAGCGCUACUGCUCCUUCUGUUUUGGCUCCCUCGUCAGCCAACAGAGUGGAGUCAUCCGCCACCACCCCUCUCAGUAAUGGAUUCAGUGAAAUGAGGACGUCUAGUGCACAGGAAGCUGCUCCGUCCAGCACCCCUCAGCCCAUACCCACAGCCCUGCACACUGAGAACGGUUUGUCAUCUUCCUCCUCUUCAACCGCACCGCCUGCCCUCAGCACAGCUCUUUCAUCACUUAGCAGUCACGUGAGCAGCGUUACCUCUCUCGGAUCUUCUGCGCCCACCAGCUCUUCUCUGAGCAACCAGAUGGGCGCUGAUGCGAAUGUGAACAUGAACACAUACUCUGGCUCUGUGCCCAGUGCGUCGGUCAACAUGAAUGGCCUGAGCACAGGAAACCAGAACAUCGCGGCUAACGGCCCACCCGCUCCCUCUGCUGUCCGUUCUGCUCCGCUGCAGAACACAGUCACACCCUCCAACACCUCUGGUAAGGCGCCUCCUAACCUGGCUCAAGGGAUACCGCCGCUGCUGGCCAGUCAGUAUAUCAUGGGUCCUGGUGGCCUCCUUCCUGCUUACCCGCCGAUCUAUGGAUAUGAAGAUCUACAGAUGAUGCAGUCCCGCCUGCCCAUGGAUUAUUAUGGCAUGGCUUUCCCUGGUACAGCGCUAGCUGGCAGAGAUGGAGGAUUAGCAAGCAAUCCCUACUCGGGUGAACCCACCAAAUUUGGCCGCAGCGACUCAAACUCCCCAGCCCCUGCCAACAGUCUCUCAUCUGUGCCACCCUCACAGUCUCAACAGAGUGCUGUUCCCCCUCAAAAUCAAGGACCGCAGAACCCAGGUCAACCCCAGCAGGGACAGACCCAGGCCUUCCUCAAUCCCCCUCUGCCUCCAGGUUACGGCUACACCAGCCUGCCCUACUACCCCGGGAUGCCAGGAGUGCCCAGUGCCUUCCAGUACGGCCCCACUGUCUUCAUGCCCCAAGCAUCCACAAAGCAACACAAUAUGGGCCCGUCCAGCCAGUACCAACACCAGGCUGGAUACAGCCAGCACACAUAUGGCCCAAGCUUUGAUGAGUUGUCCCAGGCUCAUGCUGGAGAUUAUGGGAAAGGAGGAUAUGGCGGAAGCUCCCAGGCUAAAGGAGUCAGCAACAGCGUGGGAAAAGCACCAGGACUGUCUGGAUCUGCGAGUUCAGACCUCACUGGAACAGUGUACGGCAAGACUCAGACAUUUGACAAGCAGGGUUUCCCUACAGCGGCCGGCCCUGCAUUCAGCCUGCCCUCGGCUCUGGGAGGAACCGGCCCGUUGAACCCCGCAGGUGCCCCUGGAUAUGCCCCCGCACCCUUCCUUCAUAUACUGCCCCAUCAGCAGCCCCCCUCACAGUUACUGCACCACCACAUGGCUCAAGACACACAGGGGCAACGCAGUCAGUCCAACAGCAUGCAGAAGAGUCAGGGCAAGUCCAACUACAGCAGCUCUCCUUACUGGGCCAACUGAGUGCUCCUUUAUACUGUUACUGAUCUAAAAGCCCAAAUCUGUGUCCGCACUGUCCUGACUCUAACAUGAAAUGCACACACACACUGUAUCAGUUCUCCCCCAUCCCCCUCCUCCAAGGUUCUCCUCUGCUUUUUCCCCAUUUUUUGUUUUUUUCCUUCUCUGAAUUAGGUUUUUCCAUGUAACAUAUUUAUGUAAGUAUUUAUAUAUACUGUAAAUGUUAAGAAGCCGAACAUGAGAUGUGGUCGCUCCAUUUUAUUUUUUUGAAGGACUUUUGUUUGUUUACUUUUUAAAAACUGCAGAGAUGUAGCAAAAAAUUAAAAGGAAAAGCAUUGAGGAAAACUUGGAGACGUUGCGAUGAGAACUAGAGCACUGAUGGCGGAGGAGGGUGAACUGUGGGGGUUUCAUCCAUUCAGACAUCUUUGAGGGGCUUCGCAAACCACUCGAGUCCUUUCCUCUAGGAAAUGUUCUCCCGUACAAUGGUUCGGAAAUUCAUUUGUCGCCUGACAGGAAAAAACAGCCCAUAAAUUUUAUAUUUUACUCUUGUUGCCCUCUGAAUAAAGGUUCUGAGCUAUU